AUGGCACCAGAAUGGUGCCGAAGUAAAGUUUCCCGAACUCUGAGGUUGGCUCGUUUAGCCGAGAAGCCCACCAGGGAGUUUGCCGAGGAGCACUUGGUGACGUCCGUCCUGCCAGAGGGGCUCUUCCUUACUUCCUUCGGUCAGUACGUGCUGACACCCAGCGUCUUCCGGGCUCUGCGCUCCUCCAAGGCCGGUCACUUCACCGAGGCCUUGGACCAGCUCCGCCAGUCCGAAGGCGUCUUUGGGGUCCUCAUCGAGGGUAUGCGCUGGGAUCUAGGCACUAUGCAAACCUAUGUCCAGAUGACGCAGAACCUCCCGCGAAGCGAAGCAGAGCCGUCUGAGAGCCAACAUGGCUCCCACGGCUUGGCGGCCUCUGGGGCCACCGAGGACGCAUCCGGGCCGCGCCUCGUGGAUGCGCUCAGCGGGGCAUUGACGAUGAUGACGGAGUUCCAUUUCCUUUUCGAUGAGGUGGCCUUGCGCGGCCCAGGCCGACUUUCCGUGGUGCGUCUGGCGGACCAAGAGCGAGGUCCCGCCGCGGUAGUGGAUACGAUGCCUGAGAUCGUGCAGCACCCGUACCUGCCCGGAAUGGCCUUAAUCUCAGCGAACGUAAUCGUGCGCCCCAGCAUCGGCCUGGAAAUGGGCCUGGAGCUCGUUUUCUGGAUCACCUGUGCCAGCUACGAGGUGGUCUUCGGCCCCGGAGCACUCCAGGACAAGCUGUUGUCGGGUGACCGUCGCGGAAACUUGGCACACAGCUCCAAGGAGUACGAGGCACCAGGAGAGUGGGAGCACCGGGUCUCUUGUUUCCGGGGGCGCUGUCCGGAUGGGCCAAUCUUCGGGCUAGACGACUUCACUGUGCGAGUGCCAGCACAAGGAGGAGUCCAGGACCCUCGGCCUCCGGAGCUGACCUGGGCCCUCUACCCCGCUCCGGAGCAGGCCAUCUUCAGGCAGGAGAACCUCGUCCUGCAAUUCAGCUCGGUGGUCAGCCCGCAUCCCAUGGGCAGCGUCAUGGAGCUUUGCUGGAACUGGACUGUUCAUGAUGUCUGCCCGCUGAAGCUGACGUUCCAACACAAGGAUAUGCUUUUCGUCGGAGACAAGGUGAUCAUCAAUCCACCGGAGGAUCUUGUGCCGGGACUCUCAUACAAUGUGUCCAUCCAGAGUGGCGUGAUUUCCAACUUCGAAGGGCUGCGUGCAACAGCUGCCGGCCAGUUCCAGUACACUUUCUCUGUCCUUGCAGAGGCACCGGCCCCAGGGGCUUGCAGCACCCAAGCUCUGGGCCCCACUGUAACUCUGGGUCUCGGGAAUCUGUUGGCGACAACUCACUUGCCCUGCAGCCUCGGAGUCUUGGAGAUGAGACUCCUGCAUGGUACUGCAAUGUCUCGGGCUUAG